AUGAGGUCUCAGAUCAUACGAUUUACACUGCCAUCAGAUGCUACCGUCUCAGUAGGCACCUUUGACGACUUGCGCGAUGCAGUGGCGAAAGCCGGCGCUCUCAGCCAGUACUUUGGCUACUCUGUCUCGAUGCGAAAACCCAUGCGGACACGGAAACGGAGACACGAGAUUACCUGGAUCAUACAGUGGCCGCAGGAACCGAAAUGGGACACGCCCCUGCGUGAAUCGUUCCGAGAGCUCGUUGACGGCGAGAUUGCCGAUGCGACCGUCGAGAUGAACGGUAGCAACCACGACGACUUGCUUUCGGGACUUGAUGCUCCCGUGUGCGAAGUGCACACGCCGGUUCUGGACGAUGCCAUUCUUGAAUCUGUGCACAAGUUGUAUACAGACUGCUUCGACAUGCUAGGCUUUGUCGGCGGCGACUGGGGCUUCGCGACCAACACGACACUUGUCAAAGGCGAGACGGGGCCUUCUUCUCUGCACGCCGUUCGUCUGCCGCGAAUGGACAGGCUGCUGUCGGUUUUCAUUCUUGGGUGGGAGAGCAUUGAGUUGCAUGAGGACGCGACAAAGACGGCACUAUUUGCCGAGGAUCUUGGCAAUCUUGGUCCACAUAUAGACAGAAGCAGUGGUGGGUGGUAUGUCACGUUGCAAAAGCACGAAUAA